CUAAAUUCACACAAGAAACACAAACCAUUGUGUCUGCCUCUCCCUCUCUCGAUCUACACUCCAGAACACACACACACACCUCGAUCUCCCUUUGAUCGGUGUACCGGCCGACCACCACCACCACCGUUUGGUGGUGGUGCGACGAAGAAACAGAGAGAGAAACGAUGAGAGAGAGACGAGGCAGAGGUGAACGGCGGAACCAGAACCGCCGCUGGUCGGCGGCGGCAGCGGUGGCAGCGACACGGUGUUGGCGGAGGUGACAGUCGACGACAGAAGUGGGAUAUCGGCUUUGGUUCGGGUUAUUUCAGUCUCGGAGUCUCGGUCCAACGGGUUCACGGUAAGCCCCGUUUUUUUUUCCUUUUGUCUCUUGUCUGUUUGGAUGGCAAAAGAUGAUAAUGAUGAUGUCAUUAUGUUGAUCUGCUGUUGAUGAGGAGCAUGACGAUGGUUAAUGGCAACAGUGGCGACUCGAUGGGAGAGAAAGGAGGUGUCGGCCACCCUACGCGGCGGCGGCCGGCGGUAACCGAAGAUGAUGGUGAUGGUUGGUUAGGUUCAAGUUCAAGUUCAAGUGACAUGGUUCAGCUACAGAUUGUUCAGGUGGUUCCGUUCACUCUUGGUUCAGAUUUGGUUCAGUCAAAGUUCAGUCAAAGCUGGUCAAACCUGGUCAACUCAGCGAGUCAACUCGGGUCAACGGACGGUCAAACGCGGUCAACACAAGGCCCGGUAAACUUUAAACGAAACACAUUUUAGUUUCGUUGUUUAUAUACAUUACACUUAACGCGAACCGAGCUCGAACCGUUAGCGAUUAGAUAACGUUUAUAUAGUAGUGAUUAUUUACGUUUUGGCGAAUGAUGAAAAUUAUAUAUAUAUCGUUUGUUGACAAUUGUUGAAUUUUUAACAAAAUAACGACAACUUGUGUUGUCGGGGUUAUUCGAAAAACAGAGGA